AUGCAAUAUUUCAAUGCCACAUGGGUGCCUAAGAUUGAGAUGUGGUUAACAACAAUAAAAUCCCUCCCACUAGCAAGCCAAGAAUCCUCGGGUGCAAUCGAAUCCUACCACGUGAAACUAAAACUCAAACUCUUCGACGACUCGCACCUGGGUGCACUCCAACGAGUCGAUUGGUUAGUCCACAAGCUAACCACCGAGCUCCACUCCUCCUAUUGGCUCGACCGCUACGCAGACGAAAGCGACUCCUUCCAAACCAUCAAGGACGAAUACGUAAAUUCCACCUCAUGGCAUCGAGCAUCAAAAAUCCCAAACACCAACAUUACAUUUAUCCCCAAACACCACCAAAAUCCUAAGCCAAACCGAUACUUCCCGUUCCCAUAUCGUCUCGAAUCCCGGGUCCGAAUUCGCGUUUUGCGAUUGCGAGUGGUCGUUACGCGGGAACAUCUGCAAACACGUGGUCAAAGUCAACACGAUGUGCGAGAAUCUAAAAGGGUACCAAAGUUCGUUGUCGUUUCACGCGUUUCAAGAGAUACUUGUGAAGAUGUUUGA